CACCCAACGCCAAGCUGCUCCCUGUUACCUGGGGUUGUACUGCUGUUUAGCUACAGGACACAAAGGUAAAACACCAGCAGCGUCAAACACCAGCGAACCUCAGGAAUACACCUGCCAGUGUUUCUUGCUCCCGGCUUUUAUUCUGUGCAAGGGUAGGACAGGAUGCUGAGCAUUCCGUUCAAGAAGACAGAUGAAGCCAUCGACCUCGGAGGGCCGCUGCGGCGGUAUCUCAUGAAGGAGUUCUCCAAGGAGGAAGUAGAGAAGUACUCUGAGGACCUCAAGGAGCUACAAGACGUCCGUAGCACGGCGACGCAGAUCGAGCGCCCUUCCGAUGCUGGCCGCGAGGCUCUCCUGCGCUACGCCGCCCAGCUGGAAGCGCUGGAACCGGUCUUUCCUGUCUCGGAGACUGAUGUGCGGGUGGGGUUCAAGUGGGGCAACUCGUUCAAUCCCAACAAGAAGAGCACCCAGAGCACGUUCCUCUUCGAGAAGGCGUGCAUCCUGUACAACCUAGGUGCCCACGAGAGCAGGAGUGCCAGUGAGGAGGACCGCGAGACGGAGGCGGGCCUCAAGGCAGCGGGCCACCGUUUUCAGGUGUCCGCGGGCAUCUUCCAGCACGUCCGUGACAAGGUGGUCGGAGGGCUAGUGGGGACUCUGACACAAGAUCUCAUCCCAGACGGCCUUAGCGCCGCGUCCACCCUUAUGCUUGCCCAGGCCCAAGCGUGCUUCUACGAGAAGGCGGUGAAAGACCGUGCCAGGACGAUGCUAAAGCCGGGUAUCAUCGCCAAGCUCGCAGCGAAGGCGGCGGAGUUGUACACCCAGACGCUUGCAUGCAUGCAGGGGCCGAACCUCGCACCGGGACUGGACAACUCGUGGCCAGCGCAUGUGGAGUUCCAAUCGAUGCAGUUCUCCGCUGCGGCCAGCUAUUGGGAGUCCGUGAGGCUUCACGACGUGGCGGAAGAGACCGGCACUGGGUAUGGUGUCGAGAUCGCACACCUGCAGAAGUCGUCUGACUUGCUCGCGCGCGCCUUCAAGCAGGCCCACAGGAACUCCCUUUCCUCGACGUUCACUACGAAAGCCGAAACGCUCAAGGGCAUCGUGACCAAGGCUCUCAACUCUCGUGCCAAGGAUAACUCCACCAUUUACCUCGAGCCGGUCCCUAGCCAGGCUACCCUGAACGCUGUGCCGGGCCUUGGUAUGGUGAAACCGACUCCGUUUGUCGAGAGCACAGGCGACUCCUGCCCCAAAGGAAAACCUCUGUUCGACGGGCUCUUGUCAAAGAGCGCCAAGGCCGCGCUAGAGGAGUACAAGAAGAAGGAGGCGGCGGUGGUAGGGGGCAUGGACAGCCUUGCCAAGGAGAGCAGCGUCGCCGCCAGGGAUCAGCUCAAGGCAGUUGGGCUGCCAGGCACAGUGGAGGCUCACGAGAGUGUCGGAGGUGUUCCCGAGUCGGCCUGGAAGAAGGUACAAGCUGUGCAGCAGGGAGGCGGCGGCUUGAACGAGCUCAAGGAGAAGGUGGCUGAGGUGGAAGGUUCCGCGGAACGCGCUCGCGCCACUCUGGAGACCGUCGAGAGGACCUUGGACGAAGACGUACGCAAGGACGAAGCGUUCAGGAAGCGGUAUUCAGGGGAGUACGAGGGCAUGUCUACGUCGGAGCUCGGGGGAGACUUGCGCAGAGACGUGGAGCACUACCGAGGUCUCUGGAGGACCGCCAGGAGCGCGGACACCAAGGUGAUAAGUCGCAUCGAGGAGCCAUCCAACCGCGAGGGGCUUGAGAUGCUGGAGCUUACGCGCGCCGGAUUGGACGCGGCCAUGCCCGCAGGCAAGGGCAAGGGCGCCGGCCAACAAGGGCAUUCGGUCGACACGGCGGCGCUGUCGGGGAAGCUGGGGGAGCUGGCGACCCUACUGGCGGACAGGGAUGCCAAGAUGACGCAAGUUCACGAAUACGUCAAGAACAGGACCGUCGCGAACGAGCUGGCGGUGGCCGGGCGUAACGGCGGGGGCACCCCCGAGGCCUACCAUGUCGCUGUGGAGCACGCUCUGGCAGGCCUACAGCCGUUCAAGGCCGACAUCGACGCGAGCGUUAAGAUGCAGGGACCUUUGCUCGAGCAGAUAUUCGCCGAGAACGAGAGGUUCCAGAAGGCCAGGGCCUCGGACCAAGAGACCCUCGACAGGGAGGCGUUUUUGCAGAAGGUUCACGCGAGUGUGGUGCUGUUCCACGACGUGCAUGCUCUCCUCUCCGAGGGGUCCAUGUUCUACUCCGACCUGCUGCAGCGGCUGGCGCAGCUCAACCAGACCUGCGAGGACCUGGUGUACACGCAAGCGCUUCACAGGCGAGAGUUCGAGGUGGGCUACACCCAUCGACGGGAGAGGGCCCUCAAGGAGGGGGAAGACGCGUCCAUCGAGCUUGCUCGCCAAAUGGAGUCUCAGGCUCUACAAGGACACCAGCAGCAGCAGCCAGGUGGUGGUUGUGCCUCGCCGCCAGCGGCUACCGGCGCCUACCCCGGAGUAGGAGCUCCCGCGGCCGGGGUUGCAGGAGCGCCGUCAGCGGCCUAUCCUUACGCACGAUGGCACCCGCCGUCGGGGCAGCAGCAACCACAGCAGCCGCAGCAGCAGCAACAACAGCCGGGCCAUGGAAUGGGCUGGGGCGGCCAGCAGCAGCAGCAACAGGGGGGACCUCCGAGCUACCAACAACAACAUGCCCAGUACCCCCCCGGGGGCUCGGGACCCCCGCCUGCCCAGCCGGGUGGCUACUAUGGAGGCCCGACCGCUGCUCAGGCACCGCAGGCCCCCCCCGCAGCGGAACCGGCGGUGCCGGCGGGGGCCCCGGCGGGUAGAGGACGGUGGGGACCUUGGUCCGUCGCAGGAGGCGGUGGCGGUGCCCCCGGUGCUGCUGCCGGCGCUGGGGCCAGGGCUGGGGGCCAGGCGAAGCCGCUUCCGCCUAUUCCUACCGCAGCAGGCGGCGGAGAUGCGAACGACCCCAAGUUCCGGCGCCUGUUGGAGAUGGGCUUUGAACCGGCGAGAGUGCGCGCAGCCUUGUCAGAGGCUAACGGUGACGAGAGCGCGGCGGUCAGCAAGCUUCUCCAAGGCUAAACUUUCACCCACGUUAGCACGUCUAUCGAGAGAACCCCUCGCCGUACGCAUACAGUGAAUGCGUGUUAAAGCAUGUGGACGUACGGGGGUAGCACCGGAUCGAUGCUCUCGGGAAGACUGAAGCUGCUCCAAGGUUGAGCAACCCCUCACGGUGUGCCUACUGUACGCGUAAGCACGACCUACUGCCGUUGACGUGGGUGUAGCAUCAUGUUGUCGGGCAGUCAAUCGGGAGGAAGGCUUGAUUAACAACGCCGUUCAUCGCUAAAGUUAACGCAAUGGCACAGGGCACGGUGUAGGUUNGGGGGGGGGGGGGGGGGGGGGGGGGGGGGGGGGGGGGGGGGGGGGGGGGGGGGGGGGCUACGUACGUUGUUGUUUGGUUGCGCAUGUUAGUAGGACGGGCUUCGGGGGAGGAGGAGGUAUGAUGCUACAGGGUAGGCACCAGAAAGCUGCACUGCGAGGCCGGUAGUUGGCUGCUGUUUUGCAGUCUGGACAGCCUGGUGGUCAUCUUGCGGGCCGGCGGUAGCGAUGCCCGUGGUUGGUUGGUUCUUGCAAGGAUUCCAAAGGGAGCCAACGUAGGUAGGAAACGUGGGCAAUCGCCGCCCACUCGGACGUUUGGUCGCGUGUUGUUCCUGUUUUUACCAGGAAACAUCGGGAGCGCACACUAGCGCACAUAGGUACUUCAGUCAAUAUGAUAAAGGCAAGGAAGGGGGCGAUCUCCGGUCUCUUGUCUGAAAGCAAGUUGUUUUUCGUCGGUUGAUGUUUCUCGAGAUUGCAACGACAGAUUUUCGUGUGGGUUGGAAGAGGUGUCCCUCCUGGCCCGAUGGACCCCUCCUGCGAGUUUCGUGCUAAUGCUUGUGUCGGCUUGUGAGAACGCGUCCGUUGUUGUAUGUCUCAUUCGUAGAUCUCCCCCGUGCCCGAACAACCGAACCACCCCUCCCUCAUCAUUACAUCGUUACCCCCAGUGUUACCCCCCCCCCUGACUGGUCGAAAGUAUCGCCGCACCCACGACGGGAAGGAUGCACGUCCACUGUUGGUACAGAGUCAUGCACGAAAGUAGACCACAUAGGACACAGCCCUGUUAACA